AUGAAGUUCUCAGCUAUCGUGUCAGCUUUUGCGCUGUUGGCUUCUGCCAAGGCCGCUACUUAUACCAACUCCUCCACUGCCCCUUCGGCUCCAUCUGGUCCAGUCGUUCCAUGGUGUACUGGUUGGAAUGCCGGUGGAUUCCCAGUCUGGGAGGUGUUUGUUCCUACCUCCAUUGGACCAUGGUCUUACUUCGAGAUUGUGUCCGUCGGUGAACAGCCAAACUUUCACUGGGCUCCAUCUGACAACACCUUCUUCAAGGAUGGCAAGGACAUCGGUAAAGUGAACAUCGUCGAUGACUCCUCCUCCUCCGAAAUUGAUCUUACCGUCAAGAUCCCAUCCGCUGAUUUCGAUCUCUUUGGAUCUAAGCACACUGGUGUUGUUCAGGACCCAAGAUCUGAGUACUUCUUCGCUGCCUUCGAGAUCUCUGUGUACGAUGCCAGCUCCAAGGUCAAGCGUGCUGUCGACACUUACUACGUCUCUUACACUGUGUACAUUCCAUACAACGGUACCGAGACCACCACUGCCGCCUCCACUGUCUUGACUGUGACUGACACUGCUGAGUCCACUGUGACUGCUACCAUCACUUCGUGCAAGGAUGAUAAGUGCUCUUUGACCGCCGUCCCAACCGGUGUCACCGUUGUCACCACCACCCUUUCGGACAUUGUGACUGUUUACACCACUUACUGCCCAUUGACUGCCACCACCACCGGAACCUACACCCCAGUUGCCGGUUCCACUGUGACUGUGACUGUUGAGCCAACUUCUGUUGCUUCUGAGGUUACCACCACUAUUGGAGGUGUCACCACUGUGUACACUACUUACUGCCCACUCUCCGGCUCUACCUAUGAGUCUGUGACCACCCCAGCAGCCGACACUUACAUUGCAUCGACUGUCACCAUCACUGAGUACGCUGAGGUUACCACCACUGCUCUUGAGGCCGGCUCGACUUUGACCACCGGUGUUACCGUGCUCACCACCACCAUUGAGGACAUUGUGACCGUGUACACUACCUACUGCCCACUCUCCACCGAGAAGGUGUUGACCACCUCUGUCGGUUACAACGUUGUCCCAUCUACCGAGACUGUGUAUGAGACUUCCACCGCUACUGAGGGUGUUUCUUUCGUUAACUCCCGUGGAGGUGAGACCGUUACUGCCACUUCUGAGGCUGCCGGUUCUACUUCUGAAGCUGCCGGUUCCACUGCUGCUGCUGCCACCACUACCGCUGCUGGUUCUUCGGCUUCUGGCUCUGCUGCUGCUUCUGGCUCUGCUGCUGCUUCUGGCUCUGCCGCUUCUUCUGCUGCCGCUGCCUCUGGCUCUGCAUCCGGUUCAGGUUCUGCCGCUGCUUCCACCUCUGCUUCCGUUUCUCUCUUGGAGGGUUCCGCCAACAAGCAGGCCAUCUCCGGUGCUCUCUUCGGUGGUGUUGCUUUCUUUGCAGCUCUUUUGAUCUAA